AAAUUCAUGAUUUAUUACAACAUUUACCAAGAUCUUCUUCAGUGGCAAUUAUUGAUGUUGAUGAUUUACAAAAAGAAUUAUUUACUGAUUCUGGUGCUGGUACUUUAAUUAGAAGAGGUUAUAAAUUAAUUAAUCGUAAUUCUUUAAAAGAAUUUGGUAAUCCUGAUUUAUUAAGAAAUGCUUUAUUAAGAGAUCCAGAAAUUAAAGCUGGGAAAUUAUCAGUUGCAUCAUAUCUUAAACAUUUAGAAACUGCUGAAUUUAGAAGUUAUGGGGAUGAACCUUUAGAAGUAUUGGCUAUUGUAUUACAAAAUGAUAAAGUACCUAAAUUAGAUAAAUUUUUAUCUUCAAAAACUGGAUGGUUAAAUAAUGUUACUGAUAAUAUUUUUAAUGCCAUCAAGAAAGAUUUUAAAUCUUUAUGUUGGAUAGUUAAUGAAAAUGAUGCUAAUUUAAGUUGGUAUUUUUCAAAAUCUGAUGGUUCAUUUGCUAAAAAUGGAGAAAUCUUAUUCUGGUAUGGAUUAAAUACUGAUGAAAUUACUAGUUUAAUUAAAGAAUUUGAAGUUUCUGCUAUUGGAUCUUCAUUAUCUUCUGCAAAAGAAUCAGGUGUUUUCAGUACUCCACAACAAAAGAGAGGUUUCCAUCAAUCAACAACAAGAUUUCAUCCAACAUCAAACCCAAAUCCUCCAUUACGUGAAGGUAAAAACAAAGAAAAGAGAAAGGUGGCAUUAAUUGGUGCUAGAGGUUAUACUGGACAAAAUUUAAUUAAAUUGAUUGAUAAUCAUCCAUAUUUAGAAAUUUCUCAUGUUUCUUCCCGUGAAUUAGAAGGUCAAAAAUUAACUGGUUAUAAUAAAGAUAAUAUUGUUUAUUCUAAUUUACAAGUUGAAGACAUUCAAAAAUUAGAAGAAAAUAAUGAUGUUGAUGUUUGGGUUAUGGCAUUACCAAAUGGAGUAUGUAAACCAUUUGUUGAUUCAAUUGAUAUUGUUAAAAACCCCAAUUCAAAAAUUGUUGAUUUAUCAGCUGAUUAUAGAUUUGACACCACGGGACAAUGGAUAUAUGGAUUACCUGAAUUAAAUGACCGUUCCAAAAUCGCACAAGCUAAAAAGAUUUCCAACCCCGGGUGUUAUGCCACUGCGGCACAAGUUGCAAUUGCUCCAUUAAAAGAUUACAUAUCUGGUAUUCCAAGUAUAUUUGGAGUUUCAGGAUAUUCCGGGGCCGGGACAAAACCUUCCCCAAAGAAUGAUUUAAAAGUAUUAACCAAUAAUUUAAUUCCAUAUUCAUUGACUGAUCAUGUUCAUGAACGGGAAAUUAGUUCUCAAUUACAAACCCAAGUCUCAUUCAUGCCUCAUGUUGCCCAAUGGUUCCAAGGUAUUUCUCAUACCAUCAAUAUCCCCAUCAAAAAGGGGUCAUUAACUUCUAGAGAAAUUAGAAAUAUUUUCCAAGAAAGAUAUCAAGGGGAAGAUUUAAUCACAAUUAGUGGUGAAGCUCCAUUAGUGAAAGAUAUUAGUGGGAAACAUGGGGUUGUAAUUGGUGGGUUUGCCGUUAGUUCACAAGCUGAUAGAGUGGUUAUAGUGGCUACUAUUGAUAAUUUACUAAAGGGUGCAGCAACUCAAUGUUUACAAAAUAUUAAUUUAUCUCAAGGAUAUGGUGAAUAUGAAGGUAUUCCAAUUGAAGUAGUUAUUAGAGGAUGA